AGAUGGACAUUUGGUCUCGUAAACUGCACCUUGCUACGUGGACUGUGAUGAGCUUCCUCUGUGUGUUUUCUCAUGAGGUGACGGUGAGGGACUCUGACCUGAAGCUGUGUGAGAAGGACGAGCGAGUGUGUGUCACUGACCUCAGAGACUGUGCCCCUCGACCUCCUGCAUCUAUACAGAAGACACUGAACAUGUCCUGUUGCUACCAGAUAUCACACAGAUCCAUGACAUGUGAGUGGAGUCAGGAGUCAAACAGCUUCACUGAGUCUGACGUCUCUCUCAUCUUCAGCAGCGGAGAUACAAUCAUAUCCUGUCAGGGAAUCUUCAACCCUGCAGCUGUCCUCAACAUAACAGCUAGGAUCAAAAACUACAUGAUGGGGAGGGAGGUCUGGUCCCAGCCUCAUACUGUAUUUCUUUAUGAUGCAGUCAAACCCUCUCAGCCUGUAUUAACUGUCCUUGGCUCCACUGAGGACUCUAUUGUUGUGUCUUGGAGAAGCAACGUUGGUGACGGCAGUUGUCGGCUUCGCUACAGAGACAACAACACUAACACAUGGACCCAGGCUCCAGAUUACGUCCCUGCACAUCAAGAUCAGACACUGACCUACACGAUCAGAGACCUCCUGACGUUUACGGUCUACAGAGCUGCUGUGGCCUGCAGAGAGGACUCCGGCAUCUGGAGCGACUGGAGUUCUGACGUCAGCACGAGGACGCUGGAUAGGGUGCCCUCCAGGCCUCCAGAGGUGUGUUACAGAGUGGAGACAACAGACUCUGGUGGAUCUUUUCUCCUUCAUCUCAUGUGGAAGGACCUUGACCUCCGUGAUGCCGGAGGUCGUAUCCUUGGAUACCAGGUGAGCUACAAGCCAGUGAAGAAGCAGCAGCUCCAGGACAGAAUAAUUCAAAAUGUCACAGAUGUGACGGCGCUCCUGGUGGUGGAAGAGGGGAACUGCAGUGUCACAGUUACUGCCUUCAAUACUGCCGGCUGUGGACCUGCUGCACAUCUCCGCAUUGACACACAAACACAGAACACUCUCCCGUCAGUCAGAAGCUUAUGGGUGUCCAGUUCUUUCCCGGCUAUGAAGGGCCUACUGGUCCAAUGGGAGAGCCCCACAGCCUCGCCCUCUGUGCCGCCUGUCAGUCACUUUGCUGUUCAGGGGCGCACGGAGACCCGUCCAUCCACCAGCCGCUGGACCAAAGUGGGCUACAACACCACCUCCACUGUCAUACGAGAUGUUGACCCUGAUGAGUCCUACCUGAUCAGUGUGUUCCCCAUCUACCCCCAUCAGCAGUGUGGAUCUCCUCAGUUGCUUCCUGCCAGUCUGCAGCAAGGAGCACUGAUGGAGCCGGUCCAACUGAAGGUGGGGGUUGUGACCAAAACCACAGUGACAGUGGUGUGGGUGUGGCAAAGGAAGGCUGGACCAAUCAGAGUGAACAGAUACAGAGUCAUGCUCACAAAAGCAUCGGAGAGCAAAACACUGUCUUUGUGGCCGGACCAAUGGCAGCUCACCUUCAACAACCUGAUAUCCAACACUGAGUAUUCUCUUCUCCUAAUGGCUGAUGAUGUUUCCAGAAACAUCAUCCCUGUGAGGACAGACUUUGAUGAGAUGCCAGCGGUGGCUACAGCGACUCCUCUGCUGCUGCUGGCUGUCACUGUGCUCAUCAUCUCCAUCCUGUCCAGGACUGUGUACAAGUCGUACUUCUUCCCGCCCAUCUCCAGCCCCCGGGCCAGUACGACAGGCCAGUGGCUGAUGGACCCAAACCACCAGAAAACUGCAGUGAUAAACCUCCUGGAUAUUGAGGAUUUCCAGGUGACAGACGUACUCGGAGAGAAGAGUCUCAUCACGGUCUGUCCAAACUCCCAGCCCUCCUCAGAAGAGGACCUACAUGAAGACACCUCUCUGCUGUUGAUCAGCCACCUCAUCAUCAAACCGUCAGCCCUAGAACUGGACCCAGAGUAUAUUUCUGAUGCUCCAAUGAUCACGGAGCACCCACUGGUUUCUCUCCAGUCCUACCAUGCUGACACAGUGAGCUGCCAACAUCCUGACACAGUUUUGCCAUCUGAGGAGAGCAGUGAGGCCGACGCUGCUGUGCUGCAUCAGACACGUGAAACCAACAGCUGCUUUCCUCAGAAAGAGGAAGAGAGUGACUUUUCUGAGAGGUUACAUCAGAAGGAGAAGGAAACUGCACUGAAAUGUCAUUUUCCUGAAUUCAUGCCAAACAGUCACUGUGCUUAUCAGAUAACCUGUGAAGCAGAGUAUGUUUCUUCCUUUCUGGGGAAAACGGAUGUGUAAACAAUGAGUGGACACUGGUCUUAUCUGAUCUGUGAGACUGAUUAUGGACAGCGUACUUCAGUGCAACAUUCCGGGUUAAACACAGGUGGAAAAGUAAGAGUAAAAGGUUACAGACAUGCUGGCGAUUCCUGGCUGUAAUCUCUAUUACACAGCAGACAACCUACUGUAUCCUUAACCACUGGAGGGGCAAAGCACAUUGCUUUGGCUGGUGGGUGGCACCUGAAUUAAAAGUGUAUUCUCUUAUUUGUGGCCAUUUUAGGAACUCUCAGAUGCAGGCUUAGCAGGCAUUCAGAAUGAAACCAGACCUGCACAGUGGUUUUUAUUUUAUCUUUUGUCACAAGGUAAACAGUAGAAUUAAGCCAUUCCCAUAACAAAGUAAAAGGAAUAUGUGCUUCUAUGUAUUUGGCCACAGCACCAUCUUGCUGAAUGACACAAACAGUUUAUCUUUCUUUCUGGACGAUCUGCUGUGUUUAGCUGGGGCCUUUGGUGUUGGCACCCCAAUGGCUUCAUUCAAAUGAAUCAAGGGGCUGCAUGGCUAAAACUCUGAACACAGCUUUAACUCUACACUGUCAAGGUGUGUUCAGACUCAGUACAAAGUGAACUUUGUCUACCUUUAUUUGCAUGAAUUUGUGUUUUAGAGUUGCCACUGAGCUCUGACCCACUGUUGCGUUCUGUGUGGUGUAUAAAAAAGUGGGUCACAUUCAGAUAUUUCAUUCAAAUAGGUUUACUUCAGAUCAUUUGCCUGGCAAUAGACAAAACCUUUUGGGCCAUGCAGCAUUUAUCGGUGUGUACAAAUGCAGGUAUAUGUACACUUAUUACGGAGGCCAGGUAAGUGGUAACAUCAUGGUAACAUUGACACAUGCACAACAGUACCAUGUUAUACAAAAUAUUGCCACAGACAAUGGG